GCUCUGUUAGAGUGGCAGUGAUAGUUAAGGUUCCAGGAGGGUCAUGUCCCUUUGUUCGUUCUGAAAAUCAGUCUGUCCUCACAGGUUCAUCACUUUGUCUCUUGCAGGGCAGACUGACUUGUCUGGAAAAUCACACACAAAUCUCUUUAUUAGUUUAGUAGUUCAAAUGGCUCCUUGUUGCAGUGUAAAUCUGCUAUCUGGCUCUUCCUUCAGAUCACUUCAGCUUAAUGUUCACCACAGUCACUCACCGUAACCUUCAGUUUGAAUCCUGUGUCAGAAAUGUUUCUGUUUGUGCCCCAGCAGCAGCCAUAGGAAUACAAAAUCGAUCGCAAGCCGUGGAUAGAAUAUUCCACAGCAAAGCACAUACAGGGCUGCUGCGAUGCGCCAACUUUCUGAGACUUGCAAGGCUCCGGCAGAACUCGAGCCUGGCACCACAGCAGUCUUCAUGUGCCCACCUGCACAAGUUGCCUGGGGCACCAAGCCGCUAGCCAUGCAGAGAGAAUGUGUCCCCCCUGUGCAGUGCAGAGUGUGUGCUUGCUCCAGCCGGGUCAGCACCAAGGGGAUGUGGAGGAGCUGUGAGCCAGCUCCCCCACUACCACCACGCGUGCACACACCCACCCAAGGACAGUACCUACAGCUUAGGGUGGUCUCCCUGGUAAGUGCAGAGGGGCAGCCCAGGGGAGGAGGGCACAUGGCUGGGGUGUUCCAUUACCCGGCUAACUCAGUGGGCCUUGCUGGCAGCAAAAGGCAGUUCCAGCCAAGGCACAAGUUAGAGCAGUCUCUGAGGGUUAGGGGGGUACGUGGGUCCCCUUGUCCGUCCUGCACUGGGCUCCGCACCAGCUCAGGGAAGAACUGGGCCAGCAGUGCUCAGCACGAAAAGGCUUUCCUGUCCGUCAGACUCCCUGCUCCUUAGGGAGAGUUCCCCUGGGAUGACAAGAACUUUGUCUACCUGGCUGUCAUGGGGGCCGGCGCUGCCGUGGGAUUCCUCUAUUUUUUUUGGCGAGAUCCUGGCAGAGAAAUCAACUGGAAGCAUUUUGUCCAUUACUACUUGGCUAGAGGAUUGGUGGACCGUCUGGAAGUGGUGAACAAACAGUUUGUGCGCGUGGUCCUCGUGCCGGGUGUGAGCAUGGAGCAGAGGUACGUCUGGUUUAACAUCGGCAGCGUGGACACGUUUGAACGGAACCUGGAGACUGCCCAGCUGGAGCUGGGAAUGGAAGGCACCCAGCAGGUGGCAGUGAUUUACGCCAGGGAGAGUGACGGCACAUUCCUCAUGAGCAUGGUGCCCACCCUGCUGCUGGUUGGCUUCCUUCUGGUCACUCUGAGACGCGGGCCAAUGGGAGCCGGGCGUGGAGGACGAGGGGGCGGGCUCUUCAGCGUUGGCGAGACAACGGCCAAGAUCCUGAAAGACAACAUUGACGUGCAGUUCCGAGACGUGGCCGGCUGCGAGGAAGCCAAGCUGGAGAUCAUGGAGUUCGUGAACUUCCUGAAAAACCCCAAACAAUACCAGGACCUGGGCGCCAAGAUCCCAAAGGGCGCUGUGCUCACGGGCCCGCCAGGCACCGGGAAAACCCUCCUGGCCAAAGCGACGGCGGGAGAAGCCAAUGUUCCCUUCAUCACGGUGAACGGCUCUGAGUUCCUGGAGAUGUUUGUGGGUGUGGGGCCUGCCCGAGUUCGGGACAUGUUUGCCUUGGCCCGCAAACACGCCCCCUGCAUCCUGUUCAUCGAUGAGAUCGACGCCGUCGGCCGGAAGCGGGGCCAGGGAAACUUCGGGGGCCAGAGUGAGCAGGAGAACACCCUGAACCAGCUGCUGGUCGAAAUGGACGGGUUCAACUCCAGCACCAACGUGGUGGUGCUCGCAGGAACAAAUCGCCCAGACAUUCUGGACCCUGCGCUGAUGAGACCAGGGCGCUUUGACCGUCAGAUUUACAUCGGUCCGCCUGAUAUCAAAGGCAGAGCAUCCAUCUUUAAGGUCCACCUCCGGCCCCUGAAACUGGAGGAAAGCAUCAGCAGAGAUGCCCUGGCCAGGAGAUUGGCUGCAUGGACUCCAGGAUUCACUGGUGCGGACAUCUCCAACGUCUGCAACGAGGCUGCCUUGAUUGCCGCUCGCCACUUGAAGCCCUGUGUCGCCGAGAAGCACUUUGAGCAGGCCAUCGAGAGAGUCCUUGGGGGUCUUGAGAAGAAGACCCAGGUUCUGCAGCCGAACGAGAGGACCACAGUGGCCUAUCACGAAGCUGGGCAUGCGGUGGUGGGAUGGUUCCUGGAGCACGCUGAUCCCCUGCUGAAGGUGUCGAUCAUCCCCAGGGGCAAGGGGCUUGGAUACGCGCAGUACCUGCCCAAGGAGCAGUACCUGUACACCAAGGAGCAGCUGUUCGAUCGCAUGUGCAUGAUGCUGGGCGGCAGGGUGGCUGAGCAGCUGUUCUUUGGGCACAUCACCACGGGCGCUCAGGAUGACUUGAAGAAGGUGACGCAGAGCGCCUACGCCCAGAUUGUCCAGUUUGGGAUGAGUGACAAGCUGGGCCAGGUCUCCUUCGACCUCCUGCAGCAGGGUGAGCUGCUCACAGAGAAACCAUACAGCGAGGCGACGGCCCAGCUAAUAGACGAGGAGGUCCGAAGCCUCAUCAACUCUGCAUACGAAAGAACCCGGGACCUACUGACACGGUGUCACGACCAGGUGGAGAAGGUAGGAAAGCGUCUCUUGGAGAAAGAAGUGCUGGAGAAAGCGGAUAUGGUUGAAUUGCUGGGCCCCAGGCCAUUCGCAGAGAAAUCCACCUAUGAGGCGUUUGUAGAGGGCACCGGGAGCUUGGACGAAGACACCUCCCUCCCAGAGGGCCUGAAGGACUGGAACUGUGAGAGAGAGGAGAGCCAGGAGGAGAGAGUGCAGGAGAGCACCUCCUAGUAGUGGGAGCCAGCUGGGGAGGACGGUGCCCGAACUGCUGCCAGCCCUUGCUGCUGGAUAGGCACCAGCUUCCAGGGACCCUUUCUAUGGGCGUCUCCCAGUGGUAAUGAUGACACCAGACAGAGCCGUCCAGGGGAGCAGGAGCGAGGCAAGUCUGUAAAUAGGAAGAGCAGGCCAGGCCCCGCUCUGCUGUGGGAGGACUGGUGCACUGGCUUUCCCUCUGAAAGCUGCAGGUCCCGCUCGCUCCUCUCCCCGGGGCCAGCCUGGGCCUGACUGGCUGACAGGAGGGCUCUGGCCACUCCCGGUCACAAGUGCCUGUUCCCACCGGCGGGCACCGCAGCUGCUUUACUGGUGCUCAUGGCCCAGUCUGUGUGGGCCUGUUCAGUCUGUGUAGGGGUGUGCUCCUGCCAGCAGCUGUCCCAAAGCCAGGAGGGUGCUGGAGGGGCUCCCCAGCCAUGGGGCAGAGGCUGGGAGCCCAGGCAAGCAGCAGGGUGAGCUGUCCAGGAGCCAGCUCUCGUUUGACCAGUGCCUCUGUCCAGGAUGCGGUUACUCUAGUGCUACCACAGCAUCCUCCCCAGCUGUAACGCCCAGCCCCCCAGCCCGGCACAAAGGGGGCCAAGGGUCCCGGGCCAUGUGAAAAGAGCCAAGGCCAAAGCUUUUCCCGCCCUCUCCAGGCAGAGGGGAGGGUGCGCAGCCGGGGGAAGAUCCUCCCCUCUGAGUUCCUGUCCUCAGUGCCUUCCAUCCAGCCUUUGCAGCUUUGCUCCAGCGCAGUCCUGCUUUGCCCUCGGAUCCCUGUGCACGGGCAGUGUCUAGGAGACGAGCCCGAACAGGUCCAAAGAUCCUUUCAGAGCAGUGGCCACACGCGCCUGGUAGAAAGCGCAAGCCUGGGGGCAGUCCCUGCAGUGCUACACUGGGAAAGGCCCCCCCUUCACCCGAGGCAACCGGCUCCGCAGUGGAAAUGGGCUAACAAAAUGGUGCUAAUGAAGUGCCGCUGCAAUGGGCUCUGCCCCCUGGCCUGGCCUGCCCGCCCUGUCGGAUGUUGGCAGGAGUAACUCCGGCCCUAUGGGACUCGGGGAGUCGUGGGACAGUGUGGGGUGCUGGUAGCCGGAAGCUCCUCCAGCUCUGAGCCGUUCUGGGGGGUUGUAACUGGCCGUGCGAGUUCCUGGGGG